CACCACAACCCCCACCUAGUUGAGCUCAUUACAGGGCGCACAAUGCUAUUACAGCAUUCACGCCGCCGUGUUUCUCGUCUUCUUCUCGUCAACCGUCUCAGCGCCCGCUUCCGCAGCACAACACCCGAAGACUUCAAAGAACUACGGGAGAAUGAGAUCGAGACGGACAAUUGUGAUCUGGGAGAGAGUCAUACAGAGCAAAACCAAAACACCGUCGCAGACGAAGCACCUUUUCCAUUGAACAGUCUACCCGCCGAUCUGCUUGUUCUUGUAAUCGAACAGCUAGUCGUCGCGUACCUCAGCGGUCCAGAGUCAGACCCCACCGAACCACCGUCAACACCACGUGCGCGCAUCCUCUAUCCGAAAAAAUGUUGUUGGAAUCUCCACACUAUCCUCUCCCUCCGCCUUGUAAACAGGACUUGGGCCAAAGAGAUACUUCUCUCCCUUCACAACAACAUAAUCCUACCAAACCUGUCUAUGUCCCUCAACGCACGUCUGUUGCCAUGCACCAGCCCCUCUAUCCCCCAUCGCCGCACCCUGUUCGCCUCCGCUCUCUACAAUUCCACUCUCUCAAUUUCCAAUCGGCGCAUAGGAGACACCCUUCCUAAGCGCAUCAUUUCCUGUGCAAACCACGCUUUAUCGCUUUCUCCCCCGCCGCCUUUUCCGAAAAAAGAAAUUUUGAAAAGGCUCUGCACGGCUGCGAGCCAAAAGACGACGUAUGGACGUGUUCGUCUCCUCGCCCCAAUCGCACAAUUUCCAAAGAGCAACAUGCGUUGUUAUCCCGGGCUUACAAAUGCCCGCGCUCGCAACUACCUCCCGCAGUUGAAUGGCGUUGUACCAAGGGACGGGACUCCAGACGACGAGCUGGUUGCGACUUAUAUAUGCACACUCAUCAUUCUGGACAUGGAGGACCAUGCCAUCGAGCUCCUCGAUGCUGCUGCCGUUCUCUACCCGAGCGAUACUUUUGGGUGCGCGGAUCGCGUGGCGAGGAACUGGGGACGGAAGAAGGUCCUUGACUGGUUUAAGCGGGAGGAUGAUGCGGAGAAGGUGACUGUGGGUGGAAACUACAUGCGUGAUGCGGAAUGGCUGAAGCUCGAAGCACGGUCACAUCGUGAGUUUUCGGAUAACUUGUUGAGCGAUGAGGUACAUGUGCAGCGCGAAAUACCGCAUUGGGCAGAGAGGCAAGUACUGCCAGUGGAAUGGGCAUGAUGCGGACCAUGGUCCUGCAUUCAAUCAACGAGUGACUUUAUCGUUGUUUGAUGGACUUGACUCCCGGAGCAGUGCAAGCACAGAGACAAGUAUUAGUAUUGAUAGGCCUGCGAGCGUUAGAUCCCGAGGUCAGUCACAGCAUCCACGGCGUGAACCGACUCGUCAAGUGCAUACGGGAAUCAACUAUUGGGUGAUCAUCACAGGUGU